CCUCCCUCAGUCCAAGGAUGUUAAGAGAGAAUUCCAGAGUACUCACUGAUGAAGCAAGAAGGCAUUAAAACUUGUUACAGGCUCAGUAGCUGGACACUUCUGAAGCAAGAAGGGACAAGGUCUCCUGGCCAAUAGAAAAUCAUCAUGGAGAAAGCUAAUUUUCCAUUUUAUUCCCUGUGGAGAACUCCAUUCCUGUUUGAUACCAUAAUUGUUGAGAUUAUAAUAUUAUGUCUGAUUACUGCUACCACUUUUAUCAUCAUAUUGCCUGGGAUCAGAGGAAAACUGAGAACUUUCUGGUUGGUGAGGGUGUUGACAAGUCUUUUUAUUGGUACUGUCAUCCUAGUUGUUAAUUUCACCCGUGAUUGGGAAGUUGGAUCUGUAAACACGACAACAACGUAUAAAUCAUUCAGCACUUCCAUGGUGAAUGCCAGUAUUGGAUUGUGGGUCGGCUUAAGGGGUGUAAACAUAACCCUAGCAGGAAAUCCAGUGCACCAGCUGAAUGAGACCAUCAAUUACAAUGAAAUGUUUUCUUGGCAGUCAAGGAUAGAAUAUGAUAUAGAUUACCAUGAAGGAUUAGAAAGGGGUCUCCCAAGUCCUGUAUUAUAUGUAGCUGAAAAAUUCAACAGCAAUAGCCCUUGUAGCCUAUAUAUGCAAUACUCUCUAUCUACAUACUACUCCUCAGCAAUAAUGUGGGCUGCAUUUUGCUCCUGGAUUCUCAGCAAUGUCCUCUUAUGCAUGCCAUUCCUGGUCUACGGCAUCUACAUGUUGUUCGGUACUGCAGUGUGUAUAAUAGUAUCACUCAUAUCAUUUGCAACCAUCAGACAGUCACAAGAAUGCAACAUUCACUUUGGCAGCACUGUUCUACAAACAAGAUUUGGACUUUCGUUCUGGAUGAGUUUUGCAACAGGUUCACUUUGCCUUAUUAUCAGCCUCAUCCUAUGGACAAUACAUGUAAUGAGGCCAAACGUUCUCCGCCGUUUAUUCAACUUUAAAGACAAUGAUGAUUUAUGCAAUAAAAUUGUCAAAGAUGAGGACAUUGCCACAGAAGAUAAAACUGAAACUGUCAGCCAUAUGUUAUGAGGUUGUCUGCUACCUCCUUGGAUUUGCAUGCUUAGCGGGUGGAUUCAUAAUUUUAUUGGAUGAACAUUUAUUUAGGAGUCCUUUAAUUAAGAUAGUGUCAUCAAUAAUGAUAAUAAGCUCAAGUCUGGAGUCCUAUGGUGGAGACCCUGCUUUUCUAAUGAAAGAGUACAAACUAUAUGGAAGGCAAGAACUGCAUAUUAGACAUAUCGCUGCAAUUGCGAAAACCCCUAAUGUCUUUCUGAACUUCGAUUUCAUCCACACCCAAGUGGAACCAGGCUUUAAACAUGCUCAGUAUUAAAGAUCCAUUUUGUUUUUGAACGUUUUUUUUUUUUAUAUAAUUUUUAGAAUCUAGAUGCAUAAAAUGUAUGUAAAUUGCAUAUGACAAACAAAAUCAUUUCAGGUGUACAUUUAUCCUUGUAAUGAGCUACUGCUCAAGAUAAGCAGUUUAAUUUAACUCUUUUGCAUUUAUAUGUAUAUGCUAAGUCUGGUUCAUUAAACAAUAAUCAAUGCCUGUUAAAAGGGUAUUCUGA